AUGUUCGCAUCAUUUUACGCCAAACUUAUUUUCAUCGUUCUGGUGUCUCUAUUUAAACAAAUCAACUGUAAAUGCGUACAAUCGUAUGCAACAAUCUGUGACACCAUCGAAGAUGUCGAACAGCUCAGUGAUAAAGCAAGUUUCAUGGACAUCAUAGUCGGAAACGUAACACGUCGUGCCAAUCCGCUGAAAUCAUACGACUUGUAUGAGCUCAUUCCUUUCAAAAAACUCAUGUCUCUGACAAUCAUCGGCCAGCUCGACCGGAUUUCCCCACUCGCCAUGAGAUGCGAAUUUGACUACGAAUUAAAAGUGCUGAAUUUUUACAACAAUGACAUCAAGAAACUCGAAAAGUGGUCGAUCCCGAACUUAACCCUCCAAAAAGUUAGCCUAGUUAACAAUAAUAUUGAAGUUAUAGAGCCCGGAGUGCUUUCCCUCGGAAGUAAAAUCGAGAUAAUGGACCUAUCUGAUAAUAAAAUUGAGGGAGCUGGAGUUACGAAGACGCUCAUUUUGCGGAAUAAUAGGAUUUCAUACAUCCAAGUCAACAGUUUUCCAGAAACUCUCAAAAUACUUUAUUUGGAUGGAAACAAACUGAGGGAAAUCCAGGACGGGGUCAUUCAGCCUUUGAGCGAACUACUGGAGCUUAGUCUGAGUCGGAACCAGCUCUACAAAGUCCCCAACUUAUCAAACGCCACCCAACUGCAGUUUUUGAACCUCUCGUUCAAUAAUCUCGAAACGGUUAACAACGCCACGUUUCAAAAUCUCACAAGAAUUUCACUGAUCGACCUCAGUAACAAUAAAAUAAAGGAGAUAUCGUUCGCUUACUUCUCGUAUUUGAUCAGAAGACGUGUCCCGUUUGUGUUAUCGCUUGGUUUUAAUGAAAUGAUGGGGUUCGAUUUUGGUAACGUUACAAGGAAUUUUGAAAACAAUGUUGAGUUAUUCCUGUAUGGAAAUCCCUUUGGUUGCAAGGAAUUUGAUAAAAUUCAGGUCGCUAUGAAGGAUUUGAAAAUCAAACAAAAUGCGUGUGAUGCUAAAUUUCACAGUGAAGGGAAAACCCCCUACUGUCUUGAUUACCAAAUAAUACAACCAUGGGAUCUCCCCUAUCCAGUCAAGCAGUUCCUCAAGUCAAUUGAAAAUAACAGAAAAUUGAUUUCUUGCUCGUUAUAUCCAGUGCAUUAUAUCAACCAGUUAGGUGUUUCUUGUGUUGCGUAA